AUGGGGCGGUUUUGGACGCGGCGAUCUCCAAAACUUGCCGCACUCCCCGCAAUCCCGAUGUGGUUUAGUGCGGGACGAUUUGAAAAGCAAUUAGGCUGCGCAGUGUGCAAUGCCCAGCGCUCUUCGUCCUGCGUAACAAUGGGCCCCAAAAAGAAGGUCGACAACCGCGGAGGUGGCCCUAAGCCUGGGACCAAACAGGCCAAAGCUGCAGCGGAAAAAACCGACAAGAAGCCCGCGCCCGAAGAGCCCAAGAAGCCGACCGUCAAGGAGGUCAUUGGCGGCGCAUCAUGGACAGGCAAGUUGCCGGUGAACAUGCUGUCGGAGCAUUGUCAAAAGCAGAAAUGGGAGAAGCCGGAAUAUGGGAUGAUUCAAUCCCGCGACGGCUUCAUGUCCUCUGUGACACUCAAGAAGAUCGAUCCGAAAACGAAGGAGCUUAUGGUGCUUCCUCCCAUGAAGAUUCCGCCGACUCAUAAGCACCUUGCGACGCAAUCGUCGGCCUUAGAAGCCCGCCAUUUCGCCGCCGCAUAUGCCCUUUUCCGUGUUUGCAACAUGCGCAACUUGCACAUGAUGCUCCCGCCGACAUACAAAAAGCUGUGGAGAGAGGAUUUCACCGACAUCAAAACUGCGGAUACAAAGGAGGGCAAAGGCUGGCUGUACGAAGCCGAUCCGUUCCUAGCCAAGCAAGAGCGCGAAAGCGCUGCUGCAGAUCUGGAAAAGAAGAAGGCAGAGCGCGCAAAAGCGCAGGCAAAAGGAAAAGUGUCUUCUACGGACCUUGGUCUGGGAGAUGGCGAUGGAAAAAGCAAGCGCAUUUGGUCGCAGGCACCCAAAGUGGAUAUGGGUACUCGCAUCCGGCGUGAUAUCGAGGGUCUUUUAAGGCAACAUACCACUUGGAACCCCCAUGGCGUGAAGAUACCGCGACAAGAAUGUCAAUCCAUCGUGGGAGAACUUUCGAAGCUUGGAUUCCGUCGCAGUCACGUUGAAGAGGCUGUGGCUGAAUGUAAGGAUCGGGAGGAAGUACUGGAGUGGCUGCUGGUCUAUGUCCCGGAAGACGACCUACCGAGAUGGAGUUUGCCCGAGGGCUAUUCCGCCGGUGUUAGCCUUGCAGCUGGAGAUUUGGCUCGUGAGGCAAAGAUCAAGAGGCUUUCGUCUGUUGGAUAUCCGGCCGAUCUGUGUUCGCAGAUUCUCGAUAGUAAGAGCGGGGAUGAGCUCGCAGCCGCAGAGUAUCUCCAGGGCACAUUGGCUCAUGGGUCAGCAUUUGCAUCCGCUGCGGCCCCUGAUGGAGAUACAGAGGCAUGGAAAGAGGAACAGGAGACUCUUGAGGCCAUCUUCGGUGAACGUUACUCCCGAAUUUCCGACAAAAUCUGCGAGAUCAAGAGUGAAGCACCCGAAGUUCCUGAAAACACUUCAUUCCGCUUUCAGGAACCAUCAACACACUAUCCAAGUACUCCUCCCGUGAUUUUCAUUCAAUCGAAGGGUGUGCCAGCAUACAUUCGCCUCAGCGCGAUUCGUCGAGCUGUACAGUAUGCCGAGGAAAACUUCAGUGGGGAAUCUAUGAUCUUUAACAUCAUGGACUGGUUGGAGGUCAAUCUCCCUAGUAUUAUGGAGAACCCUGGCAGAUUGCGAGAGAUCUCUGCAGUUACAGCCUCUUCACCUGCCGAGACCAAAGAAAUCCCUGUGCGUUCUAGUCGGAAGCAGCGCAGGGGCAUCGACUGGAAGGCCAAUUCACCACAAAGCAUCACUAUCCGCGAAGCUUGGGAAGCCAAGCAGAUCAGUGCAGCACAGGUUGAGAUGUCUCGGAAGAGACAAUCACUUCCUGCUUGGAAUACCCAGGAAGAUAUCAUUCACGCCGUCAACUCACACCAGGUCACUAUUAUCUCCGGUGAGACCGGUAGUGGUAAGAGUACGCAGUCUGUACAGUUUGUCCUGGACGAUAUGAUCAAGCGAGGUCUUGGGGGUGCUGCAAAUAUCGUCUGUACUCAACCUCGAAGAAUUUCUGCUCUGGGUCUCGCUGAUCGUGUGAGUGACGAGCGUUGCUCAACUGUUGGUGACGAAGUUGGAUACGUGAUUCGUGGCGAAUCGAAGGCCAAGCAGGGCGCGACUAGGAUCACUUUUGUGACUACUGGUGUCUUGCUUCGCAGAAUCCAGUCUGGGGGCGAUGCGGAUGGCAAUGUUACAAGCUCUCUUUCAGAUGUUUCUCAUGUCGUGGUCGAUGAGGUUCACGAGCGGAGCUUGGAUACCGAUUUCCUUUUGGCCCUGCUGCGAGACGUACUCCGAUACCGAAAGGAUCUGAAGGUUAUUCUCAUGAGUGCCACGCUUGAUGCGGACAUCUUCAUGGACUAUUUUGGCGGGCGCGGCAAUGUUGGUUUAGUGAACAUCCCUGGUCGAACAUUCCCUGUCAAUGACUACUACCUUGAUGAUGUUAUUCGUGACACCGGAUUCGCCCCCGAGCUAGGUGAUGACUACGAGGAUGAUUCGGACGAUCAGUCAUUGGGCAAGGCUCUGCGCAGUGUUGGUAUGGGCAUCAACUAUGAAUUGAUAGCAACUACUGUUCGAUACAUCGAUUCUCAGCUAGGCGAUAACCCGGGAGGAAUCCUCAUCUUCCUCCCUGGUACUAUCGAGAUUGAAAGGUGUCUCACGGCAGUCAAGAAGAUCCCGAAUGCCUAUCCCCUCCCACUGCAUGCAUCCUUGUUACCAGCUGAGCAACGUCGAGUCUUCCAAAACCCACCCAAGGGAAAGAGAAAGGUUAUCGCUGCAACUAACGUUGCAGAAACCUCCAUCACUAUCGAAGAUGUCGUGGCUGUCAUCGACACCGGCCGAGUCAAGGAAACAAGCUAUGAUCCGAAAGACAACAUGGUCCGCCUACAGGAAGUCUGGGCAUCCCAGGCGGCAUGCAAGCAGCGCCGUGGUCGUGCAGGUCGUGUCCGCGCAGGUACCUGCUAUAAACUGUAUACCCGCAAAGCCGAAUCCAAUAUGGCUCAACGACCAGACCCCGAGAUCCGCCGAGUCCCCUUGGAGCAAUUGUGUCUGUCAGUGAAAUCCAUGAAGGGUAUUGAAGAUGUCGCAACUUUCCUUGCCAACACAAUCACCCCGCCAGAGAGCAUUGCCGUUGAAGGUGCUCUCACCUUCCUGCACAGAAUCGGAGCCAUGGACCAUAGCAGUCUCACAGCGCUGGGCCGAUACCUUGCCAUGAUCCCGGCAGACCUCCGCUGCGCAAAGCUGAUGAUCUACGGAUCAAUCUUUGGCUGUAUGGAGCCCUGUCUGACGAUCGCUGCUAUUUUGACGGUCAAGAGUCCCUUCGUCUCUCCUCGCGAGAAGCGAGAAGAUGCAGAUGCUGCAAAGGCAGCCUUUUCUCGACCCGGCGACGGUGACCUUCUCACUGAUCUAUUUGCAUACCAGUCUUGGUCUGACCGAGCUCGUGCUCAGGGGUACUGGCAGACGCAAACAUGGUGUGGAUCAAACUUCCUUUCUCAUCAAACACUCCGCGACAUCUCGUCCAACCGCGCUCAAUUCGUCACUUCACUUAAAGAUGCGGGCAUCUUGCCGGUAGACUACACCGACUCUUCAACAACCUGGAACCGCAAUGCCUCCAACCGCAACCUCUUACGAGCUCUUGUCGCCGGUGCCUUCCAGCCGCAGGUUGCGCAGAUCUCGUUCCCAGAUAAGAAGUUCGCCAGCUCGGUCACUGGUACAGUCGAGGUUGAUCCCGAUGCUCGAACGAUCAAAUACUUUAACCAGGAGAAUGGCCGUGUCUUUAUUCACCCAAGCUCAAUUCUUUUCUCUGCGCAGGGCUAUCCAAGUGCUGCGGCCUAUCUGAGCUACUUCACCAAGAUGGCGACAAGCAAGGUCUUUAUUCGCGAUCUGACUCCAUUCAACGCCUACUCUCUCCUUCUCUUCUGCGGUUCCAUAACCCUUGACACAAUGGGCCGUGGACUCGUCGUUGAUGGAUGGCUUCGCCUUCGCGGUUGGGCCCGUAUUGGCGUUUUAGUCUCUCGACUUCGGACAAUGCUAGAUGAAGCUCUUGCUGCUCGUAUUGAUAACCCAUCACUUGAAUUGGAUGGAGGUGCUGGCGACAAAGUAAUUGAAGCUGUGAAGAGGUUGAUCGAGUUCAACGGACUUGAUCAGUGA